UCGACACGACACGACACGACUCGACACGACUCGACACGGUAGCAGCACGGGUGCUUUUCCACCGCAAAUAGUACCUCCUGGACGUGGGCGGGGUCGGCUGCGCGAAAGGGCCGUGACGUAUUUUUGUACGCGACGCAAACAAGACCUACCCAACCCACACAUGGACAGAACCCACAUAAUAACAAUGGAGGACAUCGAUGCGAUGGUAUUCGUGCUGCUCGGUCUGGUGCUUUUUGUAAGACACAAAGGAGAAGAGAGUCAGAGAAGGCUGCACGCGGCGAGACAAAAUACACUGGAAAAGUCCCGGAGAGUGUUGGAGUAUAUACAACAGUGUGAAGCCGAAGAUGAGAGGAAUCAAGCCUCCAAGAAAAGACGCAUCCAGAUGCUACUCUCGUCACAACAUUUCCGCCGCAAACCAUCGGUCUGGGCGCACAACCGAUCCUCGGAAUGGUGGGAUGUGAUUGUUCCCGGCUUCACAAACGAGCAGUGGGUGGAGAACUUCAGGAUGUCUGAAGAAACGUUUGGUUUCUUGUCCAACGAACUGCAUCCAGUUUUGGAGCGGCAAGACACCAAUUUCCGCGGAUGUGUGCCCCUGAAGAAGAGAGUGGCCGUUGCACUGUGGAAGCUCGCUACUGGCUCAGAGUAUCGGAGUAUUGGACAUCUUUUUGGAGUCAGCAUCACAACUGUGUGCCGGUGUGUGCAGGAUUUUUGUGCUGCAGCAGAGACAUUGUUGGUGCCAGAACAAAUCCGUUUUCCAGACGAGGUGAAGUUCCGCGAAAUGGCUACCUACAUUGAGAACAGGUGGGGGCUCCCACACUGUGUUGGUGCGAUCGAUGGAUCCCACAUACCAAUCCUUGCACCACAUGACUAUCACUGUGACUUCUUCAACCGUAAAGGCUGGCACUCCAUCCUCCUUCAAGGUGUUGUCGAUGGAAAGGGGCUGUUUUGGAACGUGUUUGCUGGACUGGCAGGGAGCAUGCAUGAUGUCAGGGUUCUGAGAGUGUCCAAACUGUGGGAGUUAGCCAGCCGAGGGAACCACUUCCCAGCUCGCACCAGGAACAUUGGAGGGGUGACUGCUGGCUAUUACAUCCUAGGAGACUCAGCAUUAACCUCUCUAUGUCAUGAGAGAGCCCAAUUUCAACCAAACAGUGAGGAUGAGACACUGAGGGAAGAGUACCUUAAAGGCUUUUUUGCCUCAAUGGAGGCAGAAGUUGAGGGCCAUUCGACCCAGGGUUCAGAAGUGAAUUAUUUUACAGCUCACAGGGAAGAACAGUGCAUGGUGAAGGGAGAUGGUUGUUAUGAGGAGGAGGAGGAGGAGGAGGAGGAGGAGGAGGAGGAUGUGGAUGAAGGGGAUGUAACGUAUGUGCCAGAAAAUGAAGGUGAUGAGGAUGAGGAUGGUAGCGAGGAAGAUUACAGGCAGAAGUUCACAAAAGGCUCCUAUGAAACCUACAGGAAGGCCGUAAAGGAGCUAAACAUCAGCUUCACAAAGCUAGGGGAGGAAGAGUGUGAACACUGCCUGCGGCACGAGGUCCACCUAAAGCAAGAUCACCAGGCUGAUGCCCCUGAAUGCCACAAUUGUCUAAAGUGGGAGGACCAUAAGAAGAGAGCAGUGAGUGCAAGAACUCAUUAUCAAUUGGAUGCAGAGAAGGAGCAGGUGGAUGAGGUCAUCCGUAGUGUGGACUUACAAAAAGUCAUCAUGCUGCCCCGAAUGCCUGGAGUGAAGACAGCUGUCUUCACUCGUAGAAUCACUGCUUUCCACGAGACCUUUGCAAGUGUUGGCAAAUUCAAACCUUCAAAGAAGAAGACGCUGUCUGUGUUGUAA